GCAGUCAGUCAGCCGGCAUUAGGAGGAGAGGAGGGGGGUGAACAGGACACAGGGCAGCAAGGACUAAGCAAGAGAAACGAUAUCAUAUAAUCUAUUCCUUUAUUUAUAGACGUAGAACUGCUUCACCCCUCACUAGUAACAAGUCAGGCCCCAGUGCGACCUCCUCACCUGCAACACAAGAGCAGCUUAGGCUUUUCUAUAUUAUAAUAUAUGUAUAUGGUGUUUAUUUUUCUUUAUAUUCUUUUGUAGGCAGAGAGCCGCGCUGUAUAUAUAGAGUCUAUGACAUAGUAAUAUAUAUAUAUCUAUAUCUAUAGAAAGAGGUGUAAUUGUGACUGAAUACGGAAAGCGGAGAGGCACAACAGCAGCAGCAGCGCUACAGGCACCGGCCGAGCAGGGAGAGUCAGUCGCAGCCGAUAGAUGGGGGAUUACGGCUUCGGGUUACUGCAGGCGGCCAAUCUCUCCAGCGGGGGCACUGGCAGCGGCGGGGGCAGCCUGUUUGGCGGAGGGUCGUUCAGAGGCAGCGCCGGGCAGUUCCCGUCCUUGUCCUCCUCCUCCUCGGGCAGCGCCCUGUUCCUGUCGGCCGGGUACCAGCAGCAGCAGCAGGUGAUGCAGGAUGAGUUGCUGCUGGGGGUGAGCUGUGCCCCGGGGAACAAGCACAGUAAGAGCGGCCGAGUCUCCCCGCCUGCCCUGCUGCUGCUACAGGAACCGGCCAAGAGGAAGGACUUCAGCCCCCAGGAGGGGGACGCGUUUAGGGAGGAGCUGAAGAAGCAGCAGUCCGGGGAGAUGAAUCAGCAGCCCUGUACUUACCAGCGACACGGAUCCCCGGCGGCAGAGGAGCUGGAGAGUCCGGACAAGAAUCUGCCAGUGUCCCCUUCCUCCUCGUCCUCCUCCUCCAGCUGUUGUUCGGCCGAGGAAGCUCUUGUGGGGGAGGCUCAUGCCGCAACGUCCCCUCCUGCUCUGUCUCACCAGCACCUGCCGGCCAAGGGCAAGCUCUGUAUGGAAGCACAGGGGGGGCACCUCCCCAACCUGCUGGGGGGCCCUUACCCCGGAUCCCCAGAAUUAGCCCAGACCCCCGGGGGAUCCCCCCCUGCCCUGCCGGGCUUCGGUACCCCCUGGUCUGUACAGACUUCGUCUCCUCCCCCGCCGCCCCCAGCACUGCCUCAACAGCAGCACCAACAGCAGCAGCACCAGCCGACUGCACCGCACCCUGCCGCCCCCAACCUCAACGCCCUGCAUAGCCCCGACCCCGACAGCUUCUACCCGGGCAUCCCCUCCUCCAUCAACCCGGCCUUCUUCCAGAGCUUCUCUACCAACCCCUGCCCAGGAAUCAACGUGCCCGGAUUCAGCAGCCCCUUCUCUGCUCAGAUCAACAUCCCCCAACAACAACAGCAGAGCCGGAGAUCCCCUGUAAGUCCCCAGCUCAACCCCCAGCACCACCAGGCUGCAGCCUUCCUACAGCAGAGGAACAGCUACAAUCACCACCAGCCACUUGUUAAACAGUCUCCAUGGGGCGGCCAUCAAAGCAGUGGUUGGAACACUGGCAGCAUGUCCUGGGGUGGAAUACAUGCCAGAGAUCACCGCCGUACCGCCAACAUGGGAAUGCCUGGCUCCAUGAACCAAAUCUCCCCACUAAAGAAGGCCUAUUCUGGAAACGUCAUUGCACCACCCAAGUUCACUCGUUCCACUCCAUCGCUGACUCCCAAAUCUUGGAUCGAAGACAACGUUUUUAGAACAGACAACAAUAGCAACACUCUCUUACCCUUACAGGUAAGAAUGGAUCGCAGCCGAAUGUAUGACAGCUUGAAUAUGCACUCACUGGAAAAUUCCCUCAUUGAAAUAAUGAGAGCCGAACACGAUCCCCUCAAGGGUCGCUUGAACUACCCCCAUCCUGGGACUGAGAGCCUUCUUAUGUUAAAUGCAAGGAGUUAUGGGAGAAGACGAGGACGCUCUUCCCUGUUCCCUUUAGACGAUGGAUUGCUGGAUGAUGGACAUAAUGACCAAGUUGGGGUUCUGAAUUCUCCCAAUUGCUAUUCUGGACACCAGAACGGGGAGCGUAUCGAGCGCUUUUCAAGGAAGGUGUUUGUCGGUGGCCUUCCACCAGAUAUUGAUGAAGAUGAGAUCACCGCCAGUUUCCGCCGUUUUGGCCCCUUAGUGGUUGAUUGGCCCCACAAAGCAGAAAGCAAAUCCUACUUUCCACCUAAAGGAUACGCGUUCCUUCUUUUCCAAGAGGAAACUUCCGUUCAGGCAUUGAUUGAAGCUUGCAUUGAAGAAGAAGGAAAACUCUAUCUGUGUGUUUCAAGCCCUACCAUCAAGGACAAGCCAGUUCAGAUUCGACCUUGGAACUUGAGUGACAGCGACUUUGUGAUGGAUGGAUCACAACCUCUUGAUCCGCGGAAGACUAUAUUUGUUGGGGGUGUUCCCCGGCCACUGAGAGCUGUGGAACUAGCUAUGAUCAUGGAUCGCCUCUAUGGAGGAGUUUGUUAUGCAGGAAUUGAUACGGAUCCAGAGCUAAAGUAUCCCAAGGGAGCUGGGCGAGUUGCAUUCUCCAAUCAGCAGAGCUACAUUGCAGCCAUCAGCGCUCGAUUUGUUCAGCUCCAGCAUGGUGACAUUGAUAAAAGGGUGGAGGUGAAGCCAUACGUGUUGGAUGAUCAGAUGUGUGACGAAUGCCAGGGGGCCCGUUGUGGUGGAAAGUUUGCUCCAUUUUUCUGUGCCAAUGUCACUUGCCUGCAGUAUUAUUGCGAGUUCUGCUGGGCGAAUAUCCACUCUCGUGCAGGCCGAGAAUUCCACAAGCCUCUGGUGAAGGAAGGAGCUGACCGGCCUCGCCAGAUCCACUUCCGCUGGAACUAAGCAUAGCUUUGCCCACUUCUUACUGAGAAAAGGGUGCAUGCGGCUUAAUGGUUUUGACGAUAUUUAAGUGCAGAAGAAAUAAGUGCAUUCUUCUGCUCCCCCCACCCAACCCUCAAUACAUGCAUCGUUAUCAGCAGCCAAAACACUAAGCCUCUUGUUUUUCACCAAAACCCUACAUCUCAGGCUUUCUAAUUUUUUGUGAUAUUUUUUCAUGUCAGAAUUUUUUUUAUAUAUAUAUUUUUUUCCAAGUUCUUUUUUUAUAUGUAAUGCUAAACUAGAUAUGGGGAAUGUUUUUUGCGUAGGGGCAGUCUGCUGCUAUAUUUAUGGGUGAAGCGUGCACUUAUUUCUACACAUGGGUUUUUAACUUCAAGAUCAGCCCCAGUAAUUUACCAAAGGUAGCAAAUAAAUAGUGAAAAUGGAAUAUGUCUGCUACUAAGAAAAAAAAAAGCUUAUUUUUUAUCGUUGCUAUUUUCAGUGUGUAUGUAAAGUUAAAAAAAAAAAUAUUAGGGUUGAUUUUUUUUUUUUUUUUUUUUUGCUCUCCAUUUUGACUUGCAAGAAAAUAAUACCUCAAGAUAAUCUGAUUUAUUAGCUAUUUUUAAAACAUUUUUAAUCAUAAGCUGUAUUAGCUUUGCUGCUAUAUAGGUGUUGUGUGUAAUGCCACCUAUUAAUACAGGAUUUGAAACGUUUUCAGAUAACUGCAUUGCAGAUAAAAUGCAGCACAAUAUGGCCUAGACUGCCAUAGUUUUAGAAUGUGAAUUAUGCAUGUUUACCUACGUGUCUACACCAUAUGCAUGCACUCGAACUAUUAAUUAACGACAGAUACGGUAUUGCAGAAAAACAAAAAAAAAAGCUUUGAAACUAGGUACAAGUAGCAUGAGUAAAUAACGAACAUUUUGUUAACGGAAAAAAAAAGCAUAUUUGCAUGCAUUAUUGUGACUGAUGUAAGAAAAGAAAAAAAAUGUCCUUUACACGUGUACAAUAUGCAAACUAUUAGUUUUAGAUCAGUAAGUGCAGCCAUUUUCGUGUCCUGGUCAGUAGUGGACUUCAAUUUUCUAAAAGAUUGGAUGUUAAUAUGGUAAUCCCAGUGCAAUUGUCGUGGCGUGCAGUUCUGAUGCUUGUGACGUGAUGUAGCAUUAAAAGAAAAAAAAAAAGGAUCAAAACGAAAAAAAAAUCUAAUUAUCGUUGAAAAGAGCAUCGAUUUAAGCUCCCCCCCCAAUACGUUAAAAUAUUAAUGGUCGAAGACUUCCUCUAAAUAUAAAAUAACCAAAGAUGGCCAGCACACUUUUAAUCAGUCGCCAAAUGUAUAACCCGCCGGCUAUUUAUCUACGUAUACUGAUUUAUACAAAUGCUUGAUGCUUUAGUUAAAAAAAGAAAUAAUUUAAGUCAAAAUGGAGAUAAUAUUAAACAGACGGCUAGUUGCAUAACAAGAUCCCUCUACCUUUAAGACAACAGUGACAUGCACAAACAUGGUUCCUUUUGCAUAUAAUAAUGGCUUUUCUUUUAAUGGUAUCUUCUUAUAAAACUUAACUGCCUGUUACGCGGAAGUUUAAUGACAGUCACAAUCAUUUUUUUUAUUUUUUUUUUAAUCGCUAUUCUUUUAUUAUUUUAGGGACGACCAUAAAAUAUUACGUCAAAAUUGAUUUUAUAGUGCAGGACUGAGUUCUAGAUUCCAUAAGUCAUGCGGUUAUGCAACUAGCCCAAAACACACAAACGUUUCAAAGGAAAUAGUUUUUACUCCACAAAAUCUACCAAUUCAUCACAGAAUUACUAGACAAAAAAAGAAAUAAAAAGGGUAUUCUGUGCAAGCCCUUGGGACAAUCUUCUGUGUACGGAAAAAAUGUGUGGUCUUUAUCGGUUGUCGACGGCGUGCUUUUUUUGUACUGUAAAAAUAUGUGAUUCCUGUCUCACGUUAACCGUUUUGUGGUCGUAGUUCACGUUUUAAAUGUUUGAAAUUGAUGCUGUUCUAAGAAGUGCUUUUCUUUUCUAAUUUAUUUGUCAAAAAAAAAAAAAAUUCCCCUUUUUUCUUUCUUCCUGUUGCUUAACCAGAUCUCCUUCUAAAUGUUUUUGGGAUCGAAGGCUGAAAAAACUUUCGCCCUGCCUAACCCAAAAAAUUGUAAAAAAAAAAAUCAUUGACUUAGUUAUGCACUAUAUUU